AUGACCCUAAGCGCAAGGCCGAAGACGGUUGAGCAGGGGGAGUGGAUCGCCCAUCAAGUGGUUGAACAUUACCGCAACCUGUGGCAUUUUGUCCGUGUAAUCUACGAGAAGGAGGAGAACGGCAUACCGAUUUGCAACUCCUCAGCCUGUCCGAGGAUGUCGGCCGGAGCAAACCACUCGUAUACCUGGCUGAACAGCCGGUACGAGCCCAUCGAGCUGCCCGCCUACGAGUACAUCACGCUCAUGCAGCGCUGGAUCUCAGGCAAGAUCGACGACAACAAGAUCUUCCCCACCGACCCGGCAGGCGUGUCCUUCGCGCCGAGCGCCAACACCGGCAACGCCGCGCCGCCGCUGUCGCAGCUCACGGGCGCCGCGGGCGGGCCCGGGUCGGAGGACUGGGUCGGGCGGCGCAGCGGCUUCCCGCGCGAGUUCAUGAGCAUCUGCCAGACGGUGUUCCUGCAGAUGUUCCGCGUGUACGCGCACCUGUACCACUCGCACUUUGUCGAGCCCUUCUACCACCUGAACCUGGAGAAGCAGCUCAACAGCUGCUUCAGUCACUUCCUCCUCACGGCCACGGCGCUGGACCUGCUGCGCCCGCACGAGCUCGAGCCCAUGCAGCCGCUGAUCGACCUGUGGGCGGCCAACGGCACGUUCCCGCCCGAGUCGAAGGCGUACCAGCUGGCGAACGUGCGGGCGGGCCAGCGGCUGCUGCAGAUUGGCGGUGUUUCUUGA